AUGAACUGGGCAACAUUCACCCUAGUCUCCCUCCUCUCCAUCACCACCGUCAACGCAUUACCCUUCUCUUCAGCCGCUACCUCAUCAUUCUACACAUCAAUAGUCUCAAACUUCCUCCAAAACACCCAGCUCACCGGCUGCCCAAUCACCGACACAACCACCCUGGCCUCAUCAACGCUCACCGCGCCAUCAAAAGGCCUAUCCGCAAAAGCCAUCACCCUCGGCCGCGGAACCCAAAACUACACCUGCGCCUCAAGCUCGAACCUCGCGACUCCAAAAGCAACAGGCGCAACAGCUACCCUCUUCGACGCCUCCUGCGUUGCAGCCUUCGAUGCCAGAUACGGCGCUUCCACCGGCAGCCAAUCGAUUCUGCAUCUCCUCCCGGACGUCCUCAAGCCCGUGCCCCUCAGCACCACGGACCUGUCGGCGAUUAUUUUACAACGCCUGAGCAAGCAGGACCUUGUGGUCGGGAAGCAUUAUUUCACGGCUGAUGGGACGCCCUUCUUUGACUUGCGCGGCGCCGGAAGGGAUAAUUCGGAUUGGAUCGCUGCUCGGAAGGCGGAUCAGAUGGAUGCGCCGUCGAAGCCUGGGUUUGGCAUCACCGGGGAUGUGGCGUGGUUGAAGUUGACUGCGGUUGAGGGGGGUUAUCGCGAGGUAUACCGCGUCCACACAGCCGGCGGAUCGGCACCUGCGACGUGCGAAGGCAUGCCCGCGGAGUUUACGGUAGACUAUACGGCAGAGUACUGGUUCUAUGGGUGA